UUUGUAUUAAUAAAAUUUCUUCCUUUCUUGCAUUAACUAUCAAAAAAUAUAUAUUGCUUUCCUCAUACGUUAACAGGAAACAGUUGAGCAUUUAGCUGUUAGUUAUCUUUAUAACGCGAUAAAGCAACGCGAUGGAUAAAUAUGUUUAUCUUGAAGAACGGAAUUUAAUUUUACAUUCCAUCACGAUUCUCAAAUAUGUAUAUAAUCGCAUACAAAAUAGCACUUGAUGCUAAUAUCGCAUUUGGAACGGAAAUUUAAUAACGGAAAUAUUUGAUAUCUAGUGAAUCAUCAACAGGUAACGUAUUAUACAUGAAUAACAUGACUUUUAUCAUGAUGUUUGUCACGUAUGCAUACCAGUCAAACUUCUAUCCAACAGAUAUAGCCUUAUCUUUCUAAAACAAUCGUCCAACAUGCAAAAUAUCUUCUUGUACUCAUAAUAUUUAUAAGAAUCUGCCUCCGUCGAUUAUACUCUACGAUAUUUACGAAUUCCUUUUAUCGAAAGUUUGGAAGCUUCUUUCAUCGUUAUCAGAAUCACCAAUUACGAUUGAUGCAUCAAUAAUAUCUGCAAACAAUAAACGCAAGUGCAACGCAAAGUGCAAAACGAUAAGUAGCCAGAUCAUGCCGUCGGCCGAUGGCGGGCGUGCGCCGCCUGCCGCGCGCGCACGAUCGCUUUCAAGAUGGCGGCGCGACCGUCGAAGGGAAGACGAUCGAGCUGAGCCGAGGUCCACCGAGUGGAGCGUGUCACAAGCGCGUUCGGGUGCGCGCGAGAUGGUGGAACAAUGGUCGCGCGUCGAGAUGAUCCACGGUCCGUCGCCAAGUUCAUUGCGGUCGCGGUCGCCGAGGGCGGCUUCGCUCAGUGAGGAUUAGUAGUGUGUCGCGAGCGGGCAGGUGAGCACUCGCCGGACGGACUCUGUGCGAACGACAGAAUGCUUGCUCUCGCGGACGAGCGCGCGCGGCGUCGGGACUGGAAGUAACGUGCGAUGCGCACCGCUGGUACACACCUCGGGCACGUCGGUGCGUUGAAGUCAAAAUGGCAGCCACGUUGACCGUCGAGCAGGAACAAGCUACAAAAGAAUUCAUAGAGGCCGUGAAUAAGUGUAGAGCCGGAAGACGUGCCGGCCCGGUAUCCUGGAGCACAGCAGUGAAGUUUUUGGCGGCGCGCAAGUUCGAGGUUCAGCGAGCUUUGGCUCUAUAUGAGCAGCAUGAAGCCACUAGGAGAAGAGAGGGACUAGCAGUCUUGCAUCCUACUCAGGAACCCUUGCUCAGCGAGCUACGCACAGGGAAAUUUACUGUUCUGCCAUCGAGAGACGCAACAGGUGCAGCAAUAGCUAUUUUUACGGCGCAUUUGCAUCUUCCACAAAACACUACGCACCAAACGACUCUUCAGGGUGUUGUGUACCAGUUGGACGCCGCCCUCGAAAGUGCAGAAACUCAGAAGCAUGGUCUAGUUUUUAUUUAUGAUAUGUCAGACAGCAAGUACCAGCAUUUCGACUAUGAUCUGUCUCAGAAAAUUCUGACACUUUUGAAGGGUGGUUAUCCUGCGAAACUGAAGAAAGUCUUGAUCGUAACGGCGCCAUUGUGGUUCAAAGCGCCCUUCAAGAUCCUCCGGCUAUUUGUACGUGAAAAGUUGAGGGACCGAGUGUUCACGGUAUCCAUCCCACAACUGACGUUACAUAUCCCGCGAGAAUCAUUGCCUCAUCGUUUAGGCGGCACGUUGGAGGUACAGCAUGAAGCAUGGCUACUUCACUGUCUUAAAUCCAUGACGAACCGAGGCGGGGGUGAACUGUGUGAGGUCACCCCGAGAGUGGGUACACCUGUCUCACCGACAGCGCAGGAUCGAACGGUGCAUCAAAAUCCUAAUGUGACCACGACGCACAGUAACUCGACUAGUCCCGUAAUUGAUAAGAGCAAACAGGUGAAGGACGAUGUGGCGAACAUUGGCGACAUCGAGAUCAGCACGGCUAAUGGCGACGCGUGGAUCGGCACCGAUGAAGCGCCAUCCCCAGUUCAGCCUCCGUCCUCGGCUAGUUCUGGUUUUAGUGACGAUGAUAGUCUACAUGGCGAUCCUGGACUGCAGGCCGUUACGAUGGAGCAAUUUAUAACAGAUAUACAUUCCCGAGGACGCGCCGGCCUCAUAGCGGAAUACACGGAAAUCAGGCAGAGACCGCCGGACGGUUCAUUUAACAAUGCAAAAUUAAGGGCCAAUCAAUCGAAGAAUCGCUAUACCGAUGUGCUCUGCUACGACCACAGCAGAGUCUGCCUUUCGCAGAUCGACGGGGACGCAACGUCCGAUUAUAUAAACGCGAAUUUCGUCGAUGGCUAUAAACAGAAGAAUGCGUUCAUCAGCACUCAGGGUCCGUUGCCUAAGACGUGUGGCGAUUUUUGGAGAAUGGUUUGGGAGCAACAAACAUUGGUCGUCGUUAUGACCACGAGAGUGGUGGAACGUGGGCGCACAAAGUGCGCGCAGUACUGGGGGCCGGAACCGGGCGACGAGGUGCAAGCCGGUGGGUUCACCGUAACUACCCUUGACGUCGAUACAAAUCCAGAUUACACAAUAUCCAUGCUUCUCCUUACAAAUAAUAAGACUGAUGAGACGAAGGAGGUUUGUCAUAUGCUGUACACGGCAUGGCCGGAUUACGGUGUUCCUCAAUCGGCUACAGUUUUACUGCAGUUCUUGUCCCUAGUGAGACAGCAACAAAGCAAAUUGCUCGCUAGCAGAGGUGAUACAUGGGCGGGACAUCCUCGCGGACCACCUAUAGUCGUACAUUGCAGCGCUGGUAUCGGAAGGACAGGUACGUUUUGCACCUUGGAUAUUUGCAUAUCGCGAUUGGAGGACACCGGAACCGUGGACAUACGAGGUACCGUCGAGAAGAUCAGAGCGCAGAGGGCCUACAGUAUUCAGAUGCCGGAUCAGUACGUGUUCUGCCAUCGUGCUCUAGCGGAGUAUGCGCUCUCCCGGGGGAUGCUUAGCGCGCAGCAUUUCUCCAUGUUACCUGCACCGAUCGAGGAGGACUCGGAUUAGAUAGAAGAGCGGCGGAGCACUGCUAUCAUAUAUCGGAUUGAUGUUCUUCCCGAGUAUGCGUAUACAGUAUCCUUCAAGUAGCCUAUUUCUAUACCUUAUAAAUGACUGAACGUUAUUUUUUGCUAUCGUAUCCAUCGGUAUAACGAUCGAAUUUCUUGCUGUCGCGUUAAUCUCGAACUUCCGACAAAGCCGGAUCGAUUUUUCUUUUCCGAGACCAAAAAGUGUGAGCGAACAAACGACGAUUCUACGUUCCUCGUAUCGGGCUCCGAUCGACGAAUAUAGAUGUACAAGUGCAUCAAAAGGCACUGAUCAAAGAUAUACAUAUAUAUAUAGGUAUUUUACUAUAAAAUAAGAA